AUGCGCAGGUCGGAGCAGGCGUCGGCGCAGGCGGCCGCCAUCCAGCGCUCCGCCGCCGCCACCGCCGCCGCCGCCAAGGUGGCCGCCGCGCAGGCCGCCGCUCUCCCGCCCCACGGUCCCUGGUUCGGCGCCGGCGCCAAGCACGACUGGGCGCCAUGGGGUGCGAGCCGUGCAGUGCAGCCGAGCCGCGUCGAGCGCUCCCGAGGACAGCCGACGGUUGCCGAAGGGCAGCGACCUGAUCGGAGUCGGCGCGCCAAACGACGCUCGUCCUUUGUUGACUCUUCUCCGCGAUGUAUAUUAACGCUGUUGUAAUGCUUUUGUUCUGUUCUGCUUUUUUGUUAUAUCUGAUUCAAUAAAUGCAUCUAACAUGA